GCGUCCAUGAACAGUUGUAAACAAAAGAAGGAACAAGUCUGCGUGUGUGUGUUUGUGCGUGUUGUGGCCAAGAUACAACACUUCACAGCACACCAGGGCAACAACUCAUCACUAUUCUACACCACAGUCAUAAUAUACUACUAAAGACAAAGAAGAAACUGGUGUAAGGGUUAAUUUGGGGCUGUGCGAGGAGGCAACGUUUAGUGAUGGGCCGCCGCUCACCCCAGACCCCGUGACCCCCAGACCCUGUGACCCCUUGACCCUGUGACCCCUUGACCUCGUCUUUAAACUCUAUUGACCAGUUUUAGCCACCAUGGGACGGAGCAGAAGCAGCAGCCACAGUAGCAACAGCAGUAGAAGCAGGAGCAGGAGUCGAGGUAGCACCAGCAGCAGUAGUGACAGCAGCGUUGACACGAAGGAAAAGAGCAGGAAGCAUCACAGUCAAAAGUCCAGCCAGAAGAAACAGAAGCAUCACAAAUCAAGGUCACGCUCCAGGGACAGAGGUCAACAAUCAAAGACCCACGACAAGAGCCACAGGAGGAGCAGCAGGUCAAGGUCGCAGGAGAGGAAUCGGAGUUCAAAGAAAGGGGAUAGAAAUAAACGCUCGAGGUCACGGGACAAACACCGCCGCUCGCUCUCAAGAGACAGAAGCCAGAAAGCAAAACGCCCUGAAAAAACACGCAGGUCGAGGUCAAACGACAGACACAAGAGGUCAAGGUCGAAGGAAAGAACAGCAAACAACACCAGUAAAAGAAGAAGCAGGUCUGACUCCUCUUCGUCCGGCUCAGAAUUGCAGUCACCUUCACCUGCCAAGAAGCCAAAGCAUAGAGGUGACAGCAACAGGAAGAAGGAAGUGGUAGAGGUCCAGCGACACAUUGAAGACAGCAGAAGAGAAAGGGAAAGGUGGAGUCGGUCUGCGUCGAAGGAGAGAGAACUCGCCCAGAAAAAACAGCGGCCAAGCAGAUGGGACGUUACCAAACCCACCAACCAGAGAAGCAGAUCCAGAACACCCAACAAAUGGCCAAGCAGCAGCAGCAGUGGUCCCCCGGUGAGGAAUAGGGAGCACUCGCCACCCACGCCAGAAGACAGGUGGGGCCACAAGAAGUUCUUUGAGCACCAGCGCGAGGGAAGCCACAGGAGUUCAGGUGGCUCGAGGGACCACUACCGUAAUGGAGGGACGUACAGGGACAGAGGUGACAGAGGUGGCGGAAGCUUCGGCCGGCGCAGUGUGGUGGGUGACCAGAGCGACGACUACUUCGGCUUCAAGCGUCAACAGCGCCAACAGAUCACCGAGGAGGGCGUUGCAGAGCUCUGGGGGACGUCACCAACAAGCGUGCAAGAUGACUCCGACGCAGUGAACACAGACGACGAAAGGAAGUCAAAAUCAGCCGGCAAAGGAGCGACAAAUGAAUCCUCAAGCUCUGAAAAGGAGAAGAAGAAGAAGAAGAAAAAGAAGUCUAAGAAACACAAGCACAAGAAGGAAAAGAAGAAGAAAAAGAAGAACAAGAAGAAGGCUAAGAGGGACAGCGACACCUCCUCCGACAGUGACAGUGACUCAGGCGUGGAAGAAGAGGACCUGAAGUGGAUUGAAAAGAGAAGGGACAGCAAUGGAGACAUCAUCGAGGAGGACGUGGUGGGUCCGGUGCCCAAGCCUCAAGUAACCUUAUCGAAGAAGGACUACGGCAAGGCCCUGCUGCCCGGUGAAGGAGCAGCGAUGGCAGCCUACGUCGCAGAGGGCAAGAGAAUCCCUCGUCGUGGUGAGAUCGGCCUGACCUCCGACGAGAUUGCCAAGUUCGAGGAUGUUGGUUACGUGAUGAGUGGAAGCCGCCACCGUCGUAUGGAGGCCGUCAGGUUGCGUAAGGAAAACCAGAUCUACUCGGCCGACGAGAAGCGAGCACUGGCCAUGUUCAGCAAGGAGGAGCGGCAGAAGAGGGAGAACAAGAUCCUGACGCAGUUCAGAGACAUUGUCCGCAGCAAGCUGAACAAGAAGUAAGUCAUGGUAGUGUUGGGUGGUAGUGGGGUUGUGAAGGGCUGCUCCCCUAAAUGCUGUGUCUGUUCCCGUGAAUAUGAAGAUAAAGUUUGGCAGUUUUCGAUGGAUAUGUUUUUUGGUGCAGUUUUACUUUUUCUGCCAAGUAUUUAUUUUUACACUUCAUUGUUAUUGUCUGCUGCUUGGUAAUCUUGCCAGAUGUUGAAUGAGUAAGGGAACUUUACUUAUCCUCUGUAUCGUUUCUUUCAUGAUACAAAGGUCAGCUUUGUUCCAUCUUACGUGUCCUGUGUGGGCUGUUGAUAAGUGGGACUGAAUGUAAAUCAGUUUCUUGAUACAGUAACAUUGUCGUGAAGAAUAACAUGUUUCACUCUGAAGAGCUAGAGAAGGGCAUAUUUUAAGUAUUAUUUUGUAUAUAUUUUCAAAGGUUAGAUGAUUUAAGGUAAAAGUACAUUAAUAACAAACUGUGCAUAAAAGGUUGCUGUGUGAUUUAUUUUACAUCCACUUCACAAUGGACAUCAAAAACAUAUUUAUUGUUGUAUGAGUGUAAUGACUUAUGCAAGGACUGAAGCAGACUGGAGCUAUUUGAUAAGGUUUUAAAUUAUCAUUUUGUACAAACUUUCUAAUGAGUCCUAAAAUAGAAUGGGAAUGAUUUAUAGAUUUAUAAAAUGAAGGUUUAUAAAUUUGAACUGUAGCAGUGUCCAGACAUACUAAGAUCUCACUUUCAGUUGCUAAAUUUGUACUGAGCAGGAUUUUAUUGUGAAGGUCAUAUUGGACCUUACACUGCCUGGAGAAACUGGCCUUUUGUAACAAUUUGAUGUCACCUCUAGAAAUAACAGUUUGUCAUCACGC